UUAGUUGCGGCUCUGAAACCAAAGGCUCAGACUGUUGGAUCAGGAAGAGGCUGUGAAGGAGAAUGUGGGUUUUCGGCUAUGGUUCCCUCAUUUGGAAGGUGGAUUUCCCCUAUCAGGACAGACUGGUCGGGUCCAUCACAGGCUACAGCCGGCGCUUCUGGCAGGGCAGCACCGACCACCGCGGGAUCCCUGGCAAGCCUGGAAGAGUUGUGACUCUUAUUGAAGAUCCUGGGGGUUGUGUAUGGGGUGUUGCAUACCAACUACCAGCAGGAAAAGAAGAGGAAGUGAAAGCUUAUCUGGAUUUCAGAGAGAAAGAGGGCUACAGGACAACAACAGUCAUUUUCUCUCCAAAAGACCACACUCUGAAACCAUUCAGUGUGCUAUUAUAUAUUGGAACAUGUGAUAAUCCUAACUAUCUUGGUCCAGCCCCUCUGGAAGACAUUGCUAAACAGAUUUUAAGUGCUGUUGGUCCUAGUGGAAGAAAUACCGAAUAUCUCUUUGAACUUGCAAAUUCCAUCAGGAAUCUUGUGCCAGAAGAUGCAGAUGAGCAUCUCUUCUCCUUAGAAAAAUUAGUAAAGGAACUUUCUGAACAAAAACAGAAUCUGAACAUAUAAAGAGAUAAUCAUUGAUUUCACAAACACUCUCUUCAGGGUAAUAGUUUUUCUAAAUGUCAUAAUGUUUUACUUAAUGGUGUGUUCAGGAUAAUGUAGUUUGCUAUUUGUAAUCUGCACUGGAAAAACUACAUAUACAUCUGUAUUCAAGCAUCUUUAAAAGUCCCAAGCUAAGUCAUAUUUAAAUAACAUCCAGUAUCUUAAGCUAUAUGACAGUAGCUCUUUUUCCACUAAUAAUAUAUUCUUGGUUUAGAAACAUACAGGUGAAGAAAUCAUUAUGCAUCCUGUUUUGACAAUGUUAAACAAAAUACAAAUUUUUAAUCUGAUGAGAAGUGGAAGAGAAACGAGAUAACCUGAGGACCGUGUUUUAGCCUUAGAAAGUAGUUUUCUAAUAUCACAUCUUCUCCCUCUCUAAUGUGGAAGCAUAAAAUGGUGGAUAAGUUGGUCCUUUGAUACAAGUAUGGAACAGCUGUAUCUUAAAAGAAUAAAUAUAUUUUAUUGUGGGAAAAUAAUCUCUACAUCUACCAACCUGCCAGUACAAUACUGGAAAUUUGGAAUUUUUUUGAAAUUUUGAAGUUACUGGAAAACAAACUGAAACCUGAAAUUCUGUAGCAUGUAUCUAUGCUUGUAAAAUUAAUUCUGUAACAAACCAUGGUUAAAAAAUGCAAAAACUUAUACUAGCAUGUGAUUAUAGCAUAUAUGUGUUAUAUGUGUAUGUAAAUUUAUAUAGAGUAAUAAAUACAGCUUU